GAAAAUGUCAGAAAGUUGUUCAUGUGUUGGAGGCAAAUACAAACAUAUUUAUAUAAAAAAGAGACUUUCAGCUUGCAUUUACAUUGUAUUCAAAAAGUUAAGAAAGAUCCCAUUGUCUGUCAUCUGAACACUGGACAUCAGACACAUCAGAUCUCUGAAAGAGUCACGCUGAAUGAAUAUUGUCUGUUUGUUGCUAAAGUAUUUGUUUCUGUUCAGAAUGGCUCUUCUUCUUCCUCUGAUCUUUCUGCUCAAGAUUCAGCGUGUUUAUAGUGAUGAUGGGUGGCGUGUGAAUUACAACUCUUCAUCCAUCUGUGCACUAAAGGGUUCAACAGUGAUAAUAAACUGCACUUAUGAAUACCCUUCUAGACAUCAGAUCAUGAAAGUGUUCUGGACCAACACUGAUUUUAGACAACCAAAUGAAGAGCAUCCAGAUCUGUUUAAUGACUCUGAAUACAGUCAGAGGAUUCAGUAUCUAGGAGAUAAACAUCAUGACUGCACCAUGAGACUGACUGAUGUGAGACAGACAGAUUCACACAAAUACUAUUUCAGAUUUAUCACUGAUGAAGACAAAUGGCUUGGAAAACCUGGAGUGACUCUUGAUAUCACAGAUCUUCAGGUGGAGUCUUCAGGUGAGAGAGUGACAGAGGGACAUUCAGUUAAUCUUACUUGUAAAAGCAGAUGCAGUCUGACUGACAGAUCAACAUUCAUCUGGUUUAAAUACACACAGUUAUUAAGUGAGAGAACAGACAGAAACAAUCAACUCAUCCUGCAGUCAGUAAGAAGAGAGGAUGCAGGCAACUAUAGCUGUGCUGUACAGGGACACAAACUCACAUCACCUCAUCUAUAUCUCAAUGUCAUCUAUGCUCCAGAUAAUCCUGUAAUCUCCAUCAAUCCAUCUGGUGAAAUAAUGGAGGGUGAUUCAGUGACUCUGACCUGCAGCAGUGAUGCAAAUCCACCUGUUCACAACUACACCUGGUUUAAGGCGAAUGAAAUAUCAUCUGUUGGAUCUGGAAAAAACUACACAAUCUCAAAGAUCAGAUCAGAUCACAGUGGAGAAUACAUGUGCAAAUCCAGAAAUGAACUUGGAGAGAAAAACUCAUCAGUAACUUUAAAUGUCCUGUAUCCUCCAAAGAACGUUACAGUGUCCAUCAGCAAAUCUGGUAAAAUAAAGGAGGGUGAUUCAGUGACUCUGACCUGCAGCAGUGAUGCAAAUCCACCUGCAGAAAUAAAAUGGUUUAAAGAGACACAAUAUAUAGAAUCUGGAAAAAACUACAUCAUCUUAAAUAUCAGCUCUGAUCACAGUGGAGAAUACAAGUGCAAAUCCAGAAAUAAGCAUGGAGAGAAAGAUUCAGAUACUGUGAUUUUAAAUGUUUUGUAUUACCCAAAGAAGGUGAUAGCAUCAAUCAGUGGUUCUGGUGAAAUAAUGGAGGGUGAUUCAGUGAAUCUGACCUGCAGUAGUGAAUCAAAUCCACCUGUUCAGAACUACAGCUGGUUUAAGGAGAAUGAAACAUCAUCUGUUGGAUCUGGACAGACGUACAGCAUCACUAACAUUAACUCCAGUCACAGUGAAUGGUUUUACUGUGAGGCUCAGAAUGAAGUCGGAUCUCGGAGAUCUAAUGCUGUGUUAAUGACAGUGAAUCAUAGAUUUGAUUAUAAUCUACUGUUUGGAAUCAUGGCAGCAUGUGGAGGAUUAUUUAUCAUGGCCAUGAUCAUCAUUAUUUUUUUCAUAAUGAGAAAGCGAAGAGUUGCAAAAACUAAAGAUGCCCAUGUCAGUCAAUUGAAUCUUCAGGAUAACCUAUACUGCAACGUUUCUGAAUCAGCCCAUCGUGAUGAUGUUCAGCAUGGGAGUGCUGUACCCAAGGAACUCAAAGCACAUCAAACAUUUGCAGGAGAAGCUCCUGAAUCCAGUUAUUCAGAGGAGAUCCAGUACGCAACUUUCCAUCAUCACACAAACAAAGAGAUGAAGAAUUCAGAAGAGUUUGAAAACCCCUAUUGCAGGGGCGUAGGAAUGAGUUUAACAUUGGGGGGGACACAUAUCGGAAACCUGACAGAUCCGUUAAUGAUUUGA